CACUUUCACCACAGCGACUUCUUGUCAUCCCAUUCUCUCUACAGUGUGCCCACGCUAACAUGUAGCGCAUAACCAUCUUCCACGUGUGAGCCCCUUUUUGCCUUACCAUCUCUUUUGCCAACUCCCUUUUAGGAAACCCCCAAAUCUUUACAUUCUUUCACUCGAAAUUUGAUUCAAAUCACUGUUUUUUGGCCUCAAAAUACAAUCUUUGGUAGCUUGCAUGAUUUGAUCACUUGUAUAGAGUGAUGGGUUUCUUGUUUUUUUAACAAGUGUUAUGAACUGGGGGAAUGCAUUCUUUUUUGGGUUGUUCUAGAAAGCUGUGGGAUCUGCUUUUCUGGAAUAGAGCGUGUGAAUGGGGAUCUUACACGUUGAAAUCUUGCAUCAUGGAAAGGAGAGAAAAAAAGUGUUUAAAAAACUGGGUUGCUUUUAAUCUCAUCUGUAUUUCACAAGGUUUGGUUUAACCUCAAAGGCACCCAAAAAGUCCACCCAAUCACCUCCAUUUUCAAGAUCGGCUGAGAUUAGAGAGCACACAAGUCCACUCUACCUCAUAAAGAUUUGGCCUUUAUACACGGGCUUUAAGUUUUCUGCUUUUUUUCUUCUUUGACUGUUCUAUUCCAAUCUGAUAAUCAGAUAUUUUACUCAGAACCCAUCAGUUUUCUCUCUUCUUCUUUGUAUAAUAUAAUCCCCUGUGUUCUGUUUCUCUAUGAUCUUUUAAGCAAUAUGGAGCUUAGAAUUCCCUUACCCUCUCUGCAGUCUCCUUUCCAUGUUAUUCCUCAAGGUUCUGGUUCUUUUGCAGCCUCUUUGUGGCAUGGGAGACACUGUAGUGGUGGUGGAAUGAAUCAAAAGGUUGCAUGUGAGGCCUCAAGAAAGCUUUUGAGGGUGCAGAACUUUGAUAAAUUUUCAAAUAGAGGCCAUUUAAGGGUGUUUUGUAGGGCAAAUCUUGAUGGGGGUUUGGGUGAAGAACCCUUUGAAUUUAGGGAUGGGUUGAGCCAAGAAAGUGAAGGGUGUUGCACAAUAUCUGAGAAGAGUGUAAGUGGGAGUGGAUAUGGUGGGAAAGGUUCAAACUUUCCGUCACAGUUUGAUUUCUUGGAGCCUGGGAUGCUUGGGAUUGUGCCAGAGCCUCCAAAUUGGCCUGAAAGGGAGGCACUUUUGUGGGCAAGUGUUGAACACAGAGCUAAGAAUUUUGAGCUCCCUUUGUCCUUGAGAAUGAUAAAGAAGAAGCAGCAAUGGGAAGUGGGGGUUGGGGGUUUGGAAGAGUUGAGUUGUUCAGUGAGAAAGGCCUUCUCUUCAAUGGUGUUCAUCAUUGUGGGGCUGCAGAGCUAUGCUCUGCAAAUGAGAGAGGCACUGUGUGAUGAGGAAUUGGAGUUGAUUGUCUCCAAAGUUCAGCGCGAAAUGCACUUGUCGUUCGCCUGGAUGUUCCAGCAAGUGUUCUCGAGAACGCCUGUGUUGAUGAUUCAUGUGAUGACCCUUUUAGCCGAUUUCAGUGUGUAUUCUGCAUCCCACAAUGUUGGGACUUCACUGCAGGGUUCGACGAAAACAUUACCGGGACUUAGCAGUCCACCAGUGUUCAUUCAAAAGCCUAAUGUAGCUCCUGAGGAGCUCUCACUGGAUCAAGAACUCAGUGAAUCAGAGACACUGCUUUGGAACUCGAUUGUGAACGAGGCAACAAAUAUGGGGACUCGCGAGGAUUUUGGGCUCAAUCAUGAAUUCGUUUCGCCCUUGUCUGUGGAGUAUGAACCAGAUGACCUUACAGCCUACUAUAGAACAGAUUUUCUGUAUCAGAUAAUGUUGUCCCAGGAUCCUCACAAUCCGCUUUUGCUCUGCAACUACGCACAGUUUCUGCAGCUUAUUACACGCGAUUAUGAUAGGGCGGAGGAAUGCUUCAAACGUGCCAUCCAAGUGGAACCUCUAGAUGCAGAGGUGCUCAGACAGUACGCGAGCUUCUUGUGGAGGGUUAGGAACGACUUGACGGGAGCAGAAGAUGUAUAUCUGCAGGCCAUCGCGGCUGCUGAGAAAGGGAAUUCCUAUUAUACUUCUGAAUAUGCCAGCUUCUUGUGGAGUACAGGUGGUGAAGAAACAUGUUUCCCCUUGGACUAAUCUCAUGACCAAACCUACACUCCAAAUUCUCGAAGCAAUUGCUCGCCUGCCACGCUUUCAUCUCUGCGAGCUUCUAUUGAACCUGUCAUGAUUUCAUGUAAACGAGCUUCUGAAUAGCGCCCUCACACGAGGGCGAAGAAGCUAUUUGGAAUCUGUAACACUUAAAGAGGUGAUCAUACUCAUUGAGAAAACUCGAGGAAAAUCUCGGGGUGCAAGAAAACAUGUCUGAUGCCAUAAACAUGUUCAACAUUUUUAAAGUGUAUGUUGGACAAACCUCCAUGAAAACUACUGUUAUGAAACAGUAUUCAUUGUACAUUAACUUACCAAAUCUUUGGAUA